AACACUCUUGUCUUUUUCACACAUCUUCGUCGGAAGAUAUUUUUGCUCGUUUCAUAAACUAGAAGCUAGCUUGCACUUCUGAUGUUUUGACUUUUGUAUUUGUGCCUACACUCUGUCUUUUUGUCAUACUUUUCGCGCAGCUUUUCAAUUUCGUCUUUGAAAAAAAAUGGUUGUUUUGACAAACGCUGAUGAACAACAGGAUUAUAUCCUGAUAGAGGAGCGUAAAUGCUCCUCACUGCCCUGCUCUCCAGCUAAGCGAGUGUCUCCUGCCAAAAAGAAGCAAUUUUACAUCAAUCAAGCCAUCCGUAACUCUGACCUCACUCCUCGUGCCAAAGGCAAGAAGAGCCUUCGCCGACAGGAAAACACACGCUAUCUCACCAAUCUCCUUGAGAAAGAUGAAUGCUCCAAAGAUGACCUGGAGGUCCGCAGUAACCCGGCCAUUCCGUCCAUCUUCACCGAAGCCUGCACUAACGGAAGCUACAUAGAGUCGUGGAACGACUUCAUGAAUUGCUCUGGUGAGGAGCAGGAGAGGCUGCUGUCUCUGCUGGAGCAGGAGGAGGCCAAGAGGAAAAACUACAACAGCCAGCUCCUCAAAGACCAGAGGAACAUCUACCCUGCCUUUACCGCUCAGGACUGCUACUUAAGGAUUGAUCGCAGACUCCGAGUGACUCUGAGGAGGAAACAAAUACCCAUGGGAACGCUGGAAGUUCUUGAGGAAAACCUUUUGAGCUUCUUCAGCGCCGAGCCUCGCUCCGUUUACACGACCAUUCUUGGCAGCAGCUUUGAGAGGCUGCUGCUUCAUGCUAUCUGCCAGUAUAUGGACCUGGUCUCUGCAAGCAUCGACAACAACGGGUGCCGUCAGACUGAAGUGGCGAACAAACAGGAGGAGUUCCUCCCUCCUGACCUGCUGCUGUCGGCCUACCUGGAGCAGAUGAGCUGAGACCAGAACCACGUCAUCCAGUCUGUACACGACGCCUGUAGAGUCCAUCCAGCUGAAAAAAAUGUCUGCUUCUGUUUUCUUUUCGGGUUUUUCUGGAGUCAGUUUUCCAUUUGACUCACAAACGGGUAAAAACGGAGAAAAAAAAGUUGUUUUUGUUGGUUUUUCCCCAUUUAACAAACCGAUUUCCCAUCUGAUGCUGAGAUUAGCUAAACUAGUUAAAACUCACAGCCAGAGGCACACGGAUACGUCUCUGUGAUGUUUGUGAACGCUCUUUCAGAGCUGGAACUCACAAACAGUAACCAUAAUUAUGAACAUUACAAACGGGCUUUUAUGAGUGUCGAUGCCUCCAGUCAACAUUACUACAGUGUAAACUGUGGUUCAAACACGGUUUAUAGAUUCACUCAAACUGUGAACGCAGCUCUAUGUUCCUCGUUAGGGCUGCGUUCACAAACGUCAACUGGAACCAUCAGCUCAUUCCCUCAGUCGGGUCUCGGGUGUCUAACCCACAGCUGUCACCAGGUGAGAGGCAGGGGACACCCUGGACAGGUCUCCAGUCCAUUCCAGGGACACAGAGACACACUCGCAUGUAGGGACAGUUUAGAGUCACCAGUUAACCUGGCAGCCAUGUUUUUAGUCUGUGGGAGGAAAUUGAAGUACCUGAAGAAAACCCACCCAUGCAUGAGGAGAACAUGCUAAUAACUCCAUGCAGAAAAGCUGCAACCGGGAUUUGAACCUGCAACCUUCUGUCUGCGAGGCGACAGCCAUCAUGCAGCCCUCUGGAAAUAUUAGAACAUUAAUUAAAGCACCUGAGCAUUUUUGGGGGGGUAUUUCUGACUUUAGUCUGUGUAUUUUAGAUAUUUAUUCUGAUAGUUUAAAUUAGGAAAUGAGAAGAUUUAACUCAAAGGAGGUGGCUUUAGUUAGUAUAACAUCAUGAAAAACACCUUCUUCACCCACCUGAACAACUCUUAACAGAUAAGAGCUCAUUUAAAAGCUCAAGCACAGAAUAUCAGUCAAACUAAAUGUGUCUUAUUGAGCUUUACAGACACGUUAUGAUGAUACGAACAACUUUUUUAUACCUUGUUAAAAAUGGAAAAUUGACUUUUGUGAGAUUUUUAGUUUUGUGUUGGAUGCAUGAAAAGGUGCAGCCACAUCACUGCCUGAACACACACCUGUGUGAUUUGAGUUGGAUGUAUGAAUAUGAAUCGUUACCAAUGAAACCAGGAAUUUCUUUUUAUUAUUCAUGUUUUCGGGAAGUUGUUGUUCAACGGUUCUCUGUAUUGUUAGCAGAUGGCUUCUGCUUUGGUCUGACUUGUCUUUGAUCAGCGUUUAGUUGACAUGACGUCUGUAAAGACUCUGCAGAGCCCGUCUGGACACCUGGAGCUGCGGCUGGCGGUUUCACCAAAAACACAAACCAGGUCACACGCAGCGUCGUGUAAUUACCUGCACAUCUGAAUAGCUUUUCUCCAUCGGUGGUGUGUGUUUACUCUCGGAUAAAGCUGGUAGUGAUGUGUAAUAUUACACUGUGGAGUGUGUAGAUGUGUGACACUGACACAAGUGGACCCACAUUUAGGAAUUUUUCUUGGUUAAAAACAACCUUAAAGUCCUGGAAAGCAAAAAGCUUCAGCCUUAUGAACACAGUUUCUGGUUUAUCUGUACAGACGUUUCUACAUUUAUACUUGACCAGAUAUAAAUAGAAAAAACAUCUGAUUUCUGCAUUCUUCAGCAGCGUCACAAAACUUGACUCGCUGGUGCAUUUUGUUAACAACCAAAGUUUGUUUGUUUCGUCGAUGUCCGGCUUCUCAGGCUUUGAUCUGUUCUCUGAAUGUUUCUUUUUUUUUACAUCUUUUUCUGUGCGCUCUCAUGGAACGACCGAGGUGUUCACCCCAGCACCUCGGGGUGCUACAAACCUUUUCUCUACAGGCUGUUGAGGUGCCGAUGUUUAAUUUGACCUGUGCCAUAAAGCCUGGUAGUCUUGAGAGCUUUAUUCAUUCUACUGAAAAAAAUGUGUGUGUGUGUGUGUGUGUGUGUGUAUAUAUGAGGUGCGUAUUUAUAAUCAUUACUGGAGCUAAUAAAUAAUUUAAGAUGCA